AUGUCUUCGCGCGAUCAUAAUGAGGGCGGGAAAUCGCCGUCCAAACCAAUCUCUCUAUCUUUAUCCAGUUCAAAUGGUCCUUCGAAAAAGACUGGUUUUAGCAUCCAAUCCUCAAAUCGCGGCCGUUCUACACAUUCUCCAGCAAACACCCGGUCCCUGCCUAGGCGACCUCACCAACUCGGUUAUGCCGACGACUCUGACGAAGAGGAGGCUCCUCCGGUCCACGAGGAAAUCUCAGGGUUCGACACCCACACAGGUGCCGCCAUUACCGCAGAUGGACAGGCAGUCGCGGACGGAAAGAAGCCACUGAUCAUCCCCGUCACGAGCAAGAAUAACUGGCGCGACCGGGCCGGCGUGAAGAAAAGCAAGAAUCUGCUACCUAGCGAAGUGCAGGCUAUGCAGGAAGCGCAAAAAAACGGACAAGCGCCCCCCGGAGAGCCUACAGUAGAGACAGAUAUGCCUAGUAUGGCAUACGGGUUGAGCUUCGCGCAGCAAUCUGCAGAAAUGGCAGAUCGUGCCACAGCAGUGGACGAAGACCAGGCCAUGCCUGAUGCGAAACCCGUCGAGACAAAGCCCCUCACCGAGGACGAGAUUGCCAUGCAGGCGCUGAUUCGGGAAACCACGGGUGAAAAUGAACGGAGGUCAGACCUUGUGAUUGAAUCUGCUAAGCAUGGAGGCGACGAACAAGCACCAGCACAAUAUAACGAGCUUGGAUCCUUCAGAACAGAUGUGGCAUCCCGGCCUGAGCCUGCUAGUUUGGACGCCUACAAUGCUAUUCCUGUUGAGGAAUUUGGUGCUGCGCUGCUACGAGGAAUGGGCUGGAAGGAUGGUCAAACUAUCGGAAGAGGCAACUACAGCAGUGCCACAGCUGCAGAGAGAGCAAAAAACCCUCGUGUCCCAGAACGACGACCUGGGUUCCUCGGCAUUGGCGCAAAGGAUACAUCCGGCGGUAAAGGAGCCGAAACCGAGCUUGGAGCUUGGGGAAAAGCGGCUAUGCGCAAGGCGUCGAGGAAACAAGGAGAUGCUGACGACAAGGCCGAGGGCGUGUAUAUGCCUGUUACGAUGCGGAAUAAGAAAACCGGCGAGACCCUCACCGAAGAGGAACUCGCUGCUCUACUAAAGGAGUCCAAAUCUAAGCCUCCCAAGGAAGACGACUGGCGGGAGCGACGGGAUCGCAACCUUGAGAAGAGCGGUCGGGAGAAAGAUCGAGACCGCGAAUACCGCAAACGCGACUACGACGACGACGAGGAUCGUUCUAGCCGGAAGACUGGGUCCUCUCGGCGUGACCGCAGUCGUUCUAGUGGCCGCCAAUCUUCUAGCCGUUCCUCUCGAUAUGAUGAUGACAACAAAAGCAGACGGGACGAUCGUUCCUAUCGGGAUCGAGACCACGACCGGGAUCGUCGCCGGGACCGUGAUGAUUAUAAGGACGACCGGAGGAGAGAUGGAGAUCGAGAGCGGGACAGGGAUCGCAGCCAUCGAUCUCGAGACGAGAGAUACAGUAGCUCGCGGCACUCGUCUCACUCAUCUCGGAAUGACCGAGACCGUGAUCGCGACUCUCGUCGGAGUCAUCGCGAUGAUUAG